UGAUCGCUUGUUUUCAAUCGAGAUUGUUUUGUCCUGUUCGUAAAUAUUCCUGCAAAUAAAAGUAAUAAAUCAGUAUGGAGAAUACACCGAAAAGUUCGAGACAGUCGACCCUUGUCGGACAGAGAGAUAUUCGCGAGGUCAUGAAUAAUAUACGCUCGAAUCGACAACAUAUUCUUCCUCGUUCAAAGGAGAGCGUAACCAAUUCAGUGUCUUCAGAAAGGUGUACAUCCAAAGCGACUACUCCGAGCGCCUCAGCCGUAACAGUGGAAUCCUUCCCUGUACUUGCCAACUCAUAUGCCCGGGAACUGUUCUUCCGCCACACAAACAUAACGCAAGUUGUGGCACAAAUACAUCCCGAAUUUAGUGGUACUGCCAUACAAAUGUAUGCUGCCCAGAUCUAUGAAGAUUUUGUUACAAAACCAAGAAAUCCUAAAGUCCGUAAAUAUAUUGAAGCAAUACGAUUUGACACGCGUUAUGCUCAAGGCAUGUUCCGCAUUGCGCUCAAAGUGCCAAUCACCAGUGCACAGGAACAAGCAGUGUACCAGCAAAAGCUUGCCGAAGCGGGUUUAAAAAAGAUAUACUUCGUCGAUAUGACACGCGACAAUCUAGCUCUCGACCAUAAGGAAAAGGUGGUGAGUGUUUUGAAGGAGAGGUUCGGUGAAAACUGGCCAGUCAAGUUGGGCAAGUUACCCACUUACCUAUCCGCAAGCCAACGGUUACACGAAGCUGCAGAACGAAGAUUCCGAUACCGACUGAAACAUCAUUCGUCCCUGAAGGGCAGCCAGCUAUUACGUGUGCCGGACGUGAUAGAGCAACUUACUCGAGAGUCCAGGAUUCCGAGCGAACAGCGAACAAAUUUAAUAUGGCCAACGUUGCGGUUCGAUAGUGACUAUCUAAAUAAAAAAUAUAGCACAGGUGAUUAUUGUAAAUUCCAGAACGCCCUGGACAUGGAACCGGAAAAUUUAAUAGAGUAUCGGCCGCAACGUACGACUGCACUAGAACAGGAAGAAAAUGAAGGCAACAUCGAAGACAACAACCCUUCGAGAAUAAGCUCUAUAGGACAUAACAACAAUAACAACGGGCCGGUAAUGGUUGAACCAUCUCCAAAACCCACACCAGUUCAACGCGCAUUACAUUCACACCGGACAGCAACCCCCAUGCAUAAACCCAUGUCACGAAACGGGCCCUGUCCUAUACGAGCGGGACGCAUCUCAUAUGAAUCGGAUACCUCCUUGGACUCAGAGCCCAGUGAGAAUGGUUCAGUGACAAACCAUAAUAUUCAAUCGAUUGCCACUGAUUUAAACCAAGAUUCUCCUCUUCCGGAUUCGGACAUCUUCACACCUUUCGUUACCUCUACACAGAACCAAUCACAAGCAGUUCAAAACAGCCUCCCCGUAAACGUCGCUGAAGUGACUUCUUCCACACGAGAUCCUCUGCAACUGACUGGGGCGAUAUCAACCCUGUCACCCUUCCAUGCGAGGAUAGCGAGUCUAACACCUACCACCACUGUGUUGCCGUUUGCUGAAACGAUAAGACAAGACAUCCACACCGAUAUGCAAUUGCAACCCAGUUCCUGCAUACCACCGUACCAAGCACAGAAACCACCUACCCCAAGCAAGUCAACGCCUACCAUAAGUGUGGUGUCGCUGAGCAGUAUCUGUGUUAAACAACAACCCAGCGAACGGUCGUCGCAGAGCGAUUUAUCCGGCUAUGAAGGAUACGUUGAAAUUUUACCGAACUCACCCGAAGUUAUCAUUAUUGACAGCAAUUCUUCUUCGAUCGAUUUUAACACAUCCAGGGAUCGUAUAAAUGAUCGAACGUGUGAAAUACCAUCACGUGACGCGAAUCAAAUGACCACUGACCAAAACGGAGAACUUUAUCUGUCGUGCGCUGAGGGAAGCAUGGAUUGUAUGUAAAAUCGACCAAUAAAAGCAUAUCAUAUAUUCAGGUGAACGGCGUACAACCUAUCAAGCUUACUGGGACUUACUAAAUUGUGUUAUUAUGCAUAGCUUUUUUCAUGUUAGCAAUUCGAUCUUUAUCAAA